AUGGAGUUCCCAUUAACACCUCUAGGUAGAUGGGAGUUGGGUUGGAUCCUCUGCGAUAUCUGGAUCAGCUUGGAUAUUCUUCUAUGUACAGCUUCUAUCCUCUCACUCUGUGCUAUCAGCAUUGAUCGAUAUCUCGCUGUCACCAGACCACUGACUUAUUCUAGAAGAAGAAGAUCUAAAAAGUUAGCGCUGACGAUGAUUUUCUUUGUUUGGAUAUCUGCUAGUGCGAUUACAUGUCCCCCAAUGUUUGGCUGGUACGAACCCGACCACAACCAAGGAGGAGUUUGCCGCUAUAAUCAAAACCCUGGUUAUGUGGUUUUUUCCGCUAUGGGUUCCUUCUUCUUGCCCAUGAUCGUUAUGGUGUACGUUUACGCAAGGAUAUCUUGUGUGGUCGCUCGAAGACAUCAUCAGCUGGCCAGUACUACUACAAAAUGUAGCAAGAAAAGCAACCUAUCAUGCAUCCGUACCGAAUCUGACUCAGGUUCAGACAAACUCUCUCUCCGACAGAAUGCGUCUAAACAACCCUCAAAAACCUCAACACAACACAGUGAAGUAUCUAUACAGAGCGACCAAAAAUGUCCAUGCUGCUUCAGAACCGAAAAACGUCGUCAAUCUAGAUAUAGGUCUAAUGAGAAAGAAUCUAAAUUUUAUAACGAAGUACCAUUCAAAGUGGUCAAUCUCGCUGAGACGCCCCCAACUCCGGGCUAUUAC